AUGAAGCCUGCUAAGCUGGAAUUUCUUCUAGGGCUCUUCAUUUUCUGCUUACAAACUACCCCAUUAUUGGGUGGUGUUGCUAGAAUUUUGCGAUGGAUCUGCGGAGGUCUACAAGAUCCGUGUAUUAUGGACAUGGAUAUUGGAAGCUGCUUUGAUAUUCACUUUAGGUUUUUCUACAACAAAACCUCCAAACUCUGUGAAGGUUUUUUCUUCAGUGGCUGUAAUGGCAACCGUAAUAACUUCAAUCUUAAAAUAGAAUGUGAAGUGGCCUGCGUUCCAGAAUACAAAAUAAAUUAUGGACAGCAGACCAUGAAGCUGAAUUCUGGUGUAGGGAGUGCAGGACUUCAAAGUGCUGAACCAGGUGUGGGAGCGGACGCCUAUAAUCCCAGCACCAGGAUGAGGAAACUGAUCCCCGGAUACAGGUUAAUCGAUUUUUGUGAGAUCGCUCAGCUGAGGAGUAAUAGAGCCCAGAUGUGA